CCCAACCGUCUUCCUCCCCAGCUUUCCGACGGCAUCCAUCCCGGAACGGAAAACACCAACCUGCUUUCCACCUAUAAAAUCCGCCCUUCCCCACCCCAAAUCCCACAACAGCAAACCAAAUCCCCAAGACCAAAAAAGGCCCCAGCAACCCGAGCGCGUCGACCCCAUCCACAACAGUUGAAUCUGAGUUUACUUCCAGGAAAGAUUUGAGUCGAGAUGGCGCAGGCGAUCGAGGCUCAGAGGGAGGGCGCGGAGGUGUACCACGGCGCGGCGCUGUGCGCGGAGAAGGCGGUGGAGCUGCUGGCGGAGACCAACAUGCCGCUGGGCCUGCUGCCGCUGGCGGACAUCGAGGAGGUGGGCUACAACCGCGCCACCGGCUUCGUCUGGCUGCGCCAGAAGAAGGCGCUCACGCACACCUUCAAGCAGAUCGGGCGGCAGGUCUCGUACGGCACCGAGGUGACGGCCUUCGUCGAGGACCGCAAGAUGAAGCGCAUGACCGGGGUCAAGAGCAAGGAGCUCCUCAUCUGGAUCACCCUCUGCGACAUGUACAUCGACAAGGACGACCCCUCCAAGAUCACCUUCAAGACGCCCACCGGGCUCGGGAGGACCUUCCCCGUCUCCGCCUUCGAGAAGGAGGACGGCGGCAAGGCCAAGGCCGCAGCCGGCGGCGGCAAGGAGGCCCUCGUGGCCAAGUAAGUGACGACGGCCGGCAUACUACAGAGCUUGGAUGAAAAGUACUCAAAAGUCCAACGUUAACUACGACUACUAUUUGCUUUCACCUGUUUUAAUAAACUACAGCACUAUAUAUACUCUGCUCCGGUGUUCUGCCGAGGGUUGUAUCGUUCAUAUGAUCGUGCGAUGAUAUGAUCUUAUAGUACUAUACUGUGUGCUGUUCGCUGCA